GCACGCAACUUUCAGGAUUUUGACUGCCAGGAGCAUGACAUUGAGACUCCUCAUGGUGUUCUUCAUGUGACGAUGAGAGGUGUUCCUAAGGGCAACAGGCCUAUCAUCCUCACCUAUCAUGACAUUGGCCUUAAUCACAAGUCAUGCUUCAACACUCUUUUCAACUACGAGGACAUGCAGGAGAUCACUCAGCACUUUGCUGUUGUCCACGUGGAUGCACCCGGCCAGCAGGAGGGCGCACCCCCCUUCCCCAGUGGCUAUCGCUAUCCAACUAUGGAUGAGUUGGCCGAAAUGCUGCCUUCUGUGAUGACUCAGCUGAAGGUCAACAGCGUUAUUGGCAUUGGAGUGGGAGCAGGAGCAUACGUCCUUACCCGCUUUGCUCUGAACAAUCCUACGCUGGUGGAGGGGCUGGUGCUCAUCAACAUCGACCCAUGUGCUGAAGGCUGGAUUGACUGGGCAGCUUCAAAACUGUCUGGAUGGACCAGUAACCUGGUUGAUAUUGUCAUGGCUCAUCAUUUCAGCAGUGAUGAGCUAACAGAGAACCAGGAGCUGAUCCAGACUUACCGGUUACACAUUGCCCAGGACAUCAAUCAGGACAACUUGGCCCUCUUCUGUGGCACCUACCAAUAUCGCCAGGACUUGGACAUUGAACGGCCCAUCGUAGGUUUGAAUGAGCACACCGUCAACACGCUAACGUGCCCUGCUUUGUUGGUGGUUGGUGACACAUCACCUGCUGUGGAUGCUGUGGUGGAGUGCAAUUCCAGGUUAAAUCCAACAAAGACCACUCUGUUGAAGAUGGCUGAUUGUGGAGGUUUGCCCCAGGUGGUGCAGCCUGGGAAACUUGCCGAGGCCUUCAAGUACUUUGUUCAGGGAAUGGGCUACAUUCCCUAUGUCCUUCUCAGUCACCUGAGCAACGAAUCAGUGCCGUCGGCAGGAAUGACUCGACUGGCUCGCUCGCGCACCGCCUCUUCUUCCAGCACCACCUCCAUGGACAGCAGCAGUCGCAGCCGCCACAACUUGAACAGCCUGCUGGAAAACAACGCUCCCGCCGCGCUGGACCGCCAGGCCGGACCCCAGACCAUGGAGGUGUCCUGCUAA